AGGUCGUGUGUAAGGCGUCGCUGCUCUGGACGAGGGCGAAGUCUUCAAGGGAGAAAAGAAGAAGGAGUUCGUCGAUGAAUAUCGGCCACGGGAGUUGAUGCAGCGAGGACGGGGAGACGAGGGAUGUUGCUGCACCUAGUAGGCGGGAACGGGAGCGAGACCAAAGUAUUAAGUAGGAUGAGUGGUAGGACGGAUGGUGGGAGGACGAGAGGACGGAUGACGGGAGGACGGAUGGCGGUUGUAUAUCGCGACAAGCCAAGGCAAGCACGGGGGCACGACGCUGUCCGUCCAUCGUGCUUCCCUUGCUUCGGCAUUUCGAGACAUCGAGAGGGCGCUGCCGGGCUCAUCUACCUAGUACUUCCCUUCCCCCCUUUCUCUCUUCCGUCCUUCCUCUCGCCCCCUUUCUUUCUACUCUCUCCUCUCCCUCCCUUCCUCCCUCCUUUCUCUCCCCUCUUCGGCUCCCCCCCCCCCAUCCCACUUCAAGAGAUCUACCCGUCGAGAUCGACCUAUUCCUUCACCGACACAUCAACCCAUCUGACCAACCUUCCUCUCUGCUCCCCAACCACCCCCAGCUUACCCAUGACCCCCUUUGCCGCUGCGGGUUGCCGUCGUCCGGCGCCCGGCUGCGAGGGGGGUGGUGCAGGGGGUGCUUGCACCACGCGUUCGACUUCGACUCAACCCCAGCCAGCUAAAGGCGUUCCCGGCUGGGCAACGCAGGUGCCCGUCGGGAAGCCUCAGUCUAGGCCCGUGCCGGGCGCACGGGGAUGUAGAGCCACUCAAGACCAGGGCUAUUGAUAAAAAAAUAGAACGGCAGAAGCCUGCGGUCUAUCGGGCGUCUGGACAAAAGCCCGAGGGGGAGCGGAGGGGGGAGAUCACGGAGUUGUGCAAGUGGACCUGCCUCCGUUUAGCUACAGCGCGGCCGGCAAGGCCGCGUUGCCGCCGACAUGGGCUGACACCAUUCCGCACGCAGUCAAUCUGUUGGGGAGAUAUGAUCUAUAUAGUAUUGAUGGGAUCGAGGAACCUGUAUGUAGGAAUAUUACUAGAGAGCUAGAUAGAUACUGAGACAUAGAUACACCAGGGGGCUGUGGCUUAUAUCUAGUGACCCAGAUUAGUCGACUCACGUUGUUUCUCUUUGCCCCUUGCUCCCUUUCUCCCUUUCUCGGUCCUGCCCGUGACGAGGGCGGCGUGCGAUUAGACGCAGGAUACGUUCAGCCGACAGUAAAAGUGGCUUCGCGGGCGGAGAAAAAAAACCCCCUGAAGCAAAUUUGCUGGC